CAUCUAGCAAAAAGUCUUAUCUGCAGGAACAUGUCAAAGUCGGACGUCAGAAUUGGAGGAAAUUAAAUAAAUCAUUUAGUAGCAUUGUUUAGUGUGUUUUGUUUAAUUUCCUCCAAUAUCUUAUAUUUGGCUUUUUCAGCAUAUGUGUCGUCUAUUCGACAAAAGAAGAAGAAGAAUGUAUGUCAAGCAGAGCUGGCCUUGUAGUACUGAUCGUCCAAGCCAAAAGCAAAUUCUCACUGGUUGCAAUGCAAAUGGAAGCUUGCUUGACGAGAUGCUGUCAUAAAAAUGCUUUCUAUAGAGCAUUAAGAAAACCUCUCAAUUUCAAACUCUUUAGCUCUUCUUUUCGCUGCUCUUCAAUGUCCAUUCGUUCUGGAGGAACCAAGUCCCUUAAAAAGGCAUAUGAUGCAUUAUUGUUGGAUGCUGGUGGCACCCUUUUGCAAUUGCCUCAUCCUGUUGAAGAAACUUAUGCUUCUAUUGGCAGAAAAUAUGGUCUGUCUACAAGUUCCGCUGAAAUUAAGAAGGGAUUUAAGAGAGCUUUUUCUGCUUCAUGGCCUCAAAAGCUCCGAUACCAGGGAGAUGCAAGGCCAUUUUGGAAAUUUGUUGUUUCUGAAGCCACUGGUUGUGAUAAUGAUGAUUAUUUUGAAGAACUUUAUAAGUACUUUGCAGAUGGUGAUGCAUGGCGCCUUCCAGAUGGGGCAUAUGAAACAUUAUUCUUUCUGAAAGAUGCUGGAGUUAAACUGGCUGUUGUGUCCAAUUUUGACACCCGAUUAAGGAAGCUAUUACAGGAUCUAAAUGUUAUAAAUCUGUUUGAUGCUCUAAUUAUAUCUUCUGAAGUUGGAUAUGAAAAGCCAGAUCCAAACAUAUUUAAAGCUGCUUUAGAUCAACUAAAUGUGGCAGCAGGCAAGGCAGUACACAUUGGUGAUGAUCUUAAAGCAGAUAAAGAAGGGGCGAAUGCAACUGGAGUUGAUUGCUGUUGUUAAUAUUACAAAUAAGCAGGUUAUGGGGAGCAGAUGUCAGUACAUUCAGAGAUAUACAAAACCGUAUCCUCGUUGCUGAAUGAUGGCCCGAAGUGUCAAUUGCAAAUCUUCUUGGUGAUGUGGUGUGCAAUUCAGAAUAAUUGAGAUAUUUCGACUUUGAUAGUGCUCAAAUAACUUGGGAGUUUUGUAUGGUCGAUAAAUAUCAUAGUUGUGAUGAUUUUGGCCUCAGAUAAACUAACAUUUGGAGAUCGAUUCCCGAUGGUUGUAUGCCCUUGUUUUUUUAUUCCCGAGUGAAGUUAUACGAUGCAAAUGAGAAGCUCUUCAAUGUCCUUCCAUAUUUCUAUUGACGGUUUUGUUUGGUUAUCGUUGGAAACAUCAUUUUCAAAUGAAAUGUCCGUAACUUGCUUUGAAACUCAAA